AGGCACCAGUCUCCUGCACUUGUCGCCAUUUUCAAUUUUCAAACCGGAAGUAGCACAUGUUUCUUGACAACAUCCGGAAUUGCAAAUGACAAACAAGACAGGUGCAGAAACUGACAAUAGACACUUGCCCGCUGUUGCAAUGUAUGGUCCUUGCACAGUCUCGGGCGUCAAGAAAGGCGAUGUCAAACUUUGGUGUGCUUGUGGACUGAGUAAAAAUCAGCCAUGGUGUGAUGGAUCUCACAAAGGCACUGGGAUAAAGCCACUGAAGUGGACAGUGUCUAAAGAGCAGAGACUUUUUCAGAUCUGUGCCUGUAAGUACACCAAGGACCCGCCAUUCUGUGAUGCCACCCACACCAAUCUACCAUCUCAAGUCCUACACCAACAGGAAGUGUGUCCACGGCAACAGGACAAUCACCAUAGCAACAAUAAACUCUGUACAGGAUGUGGCUGGGUGCCAGAUUUCUGAUUUUAGUAACACUGAUUAUGUAAUACAAAAUGUGAUUGCUGUGAUAUAAACUAGGUUUUUUGUGCAAUGAAAUGUACUUCACUGGAAGGAUGGAAGAUUGGGGGGAUUC